GCUCAUUACCCAGCAUGCAGCGGGGGAUUUAACACCAAGAUGGCUGACACUAUGGAGGAAUAUGAGAAAGGCACUGGCUGCGUCCCGAUCCUGCACCCCGAGGAAAUCAAGACUCAGGGUCAUUACAAUCAUGGUUACAGCACUGAAUCCAUGGGACGGAAAAGCCACAUGGACGACUAUAGUACAUGGGACAUUGUCAAAGCCACACAGUAUGGAAUCUACGAGCGCUGCAGAGAGCUGGUGGAGGCAGGCUACGAUGUGCGACAGCCUGACAAAGAGAAUGUUACUCUGCUUCACUGGGCUGCCAUCAACAAUAGGAUAGAUCUAGUGAAGUUCUACAUAUCUAAAGGUGCUAUUGUGGAUCAACUUGGAGGUGAUUUAAACUCCACUCCUCUUCAUUGGGCAACUAGACAGGGGCAUCUCUCCAUGGUGGUCCAGUUGAUGAAAUAUGGCGCUGACCCCUCACUUAUAGAUGGAGAAGGCUGCAGCUGUAUUCACCUAGCCGCCCAGUUUGGACAUACCUCAAUUGUGGCAUAUCUUAUAGCGAAGGGGCAGGAUGUAGAUAUGAUGGAUCAGAAUGGCAUGACUCCAUUAAUGUGGGCAGCUUACCGGACACACAGUGUAGACCCCACAAGACUGCUUCUCACGUUUAAUGUGUCCGUUAAUCUCGGCGAUAAAUACCACAAGAACACUGCGUUACACUGGGCUGUUUUGGCUGGAAAUACAACAGUCAUUAGUUUGCUCCUUGAUGCCGGUGCCAACGUUGAUGCACAGAAUAUUAAGGGAGAAUCUCCACUUGAUCUAGCAAAACAGAGAAAAAAUGUCUGGAUGAUUAACCAUUUGCAAGAAGCCAGACAAGCCAAAGGCUAUGAUAAUCCCUCAUUCCUGAAAAAGCUCAAGGCAGACAAGGAAUUUCGGCAAAAAGUAAUGCUGGGAACACCCUUCCUGGUGAUUUGGUUGGUUGGGUUCAUUGCUGAUCUUGAUAUUGAUUCCUGGUUAAUUAAAGGACUCAUGUAUGGUGGAGUUUGGGCAAUGGUGCAGUUUUUGUCAAAGUCUUUCUUUGAUCACUCAAUGCACAGUGCUCUUCCACUUGGGAUAUACCUGGCAACUAAGUUCUGGAUGUACGUUACCUGGUUCUUCUGGUUCUGGAAUGAUCUGAACUUUUUCUUCAUCCACCUUCCAUUUUUGGCGAACAGUGUUGCACUGCUUUACAAUUUUGGUAAAUCCUGGAAAUCUGAUCCAGGCAUUAUCAAGGCCACAGAAGAACAAAAGAAAAAGACAAUUGUAGAGCUUGCUGAGACCGGCAGCCUGGACCUGAGCAUAUUCUGCAGUACCUGUUUGAUCAGAAAACCAGUGAGGUCUAAGCACUGUGGGAUUUGCAAUCGGUGCAUAGCGAAGUUUGACCACCACUGUCCUUGGGUUGGCAACUGUGUAGGUUCAGGAAACCAUCGCUAUUUCAUGGGUUACCUGUUCUUCCUGCUCUGCAUGAUCUGCUGGAUGAUCUUUGGCUGCAUUUCCUAUUGGGGAAUACACUGUGACACGACAUACAGUAAAGAUGGAUUCUGGACAUAUGUGACCCAGAUUGCUACCUGUUCACCUUGGAUGUUCUGGAUGUUCCUCAACAGUGUGUUUCACUUAAUGUGGGUUGCUGUGUUAUUGAUGUGUCAGAUGUACCAGAUAUCAUGUCUGGGAAUUACUACAAAUGAGCGGAUGAAUGCAAGGAGGUACAAACACUUCAAAGUCACAACCACGUCUAUUGAAAGCCCUUUCAACCAUGGAUGUAUCCGAAAUAUCAUAGACUUCUUUGAAUUCCGAUGCUGCGGCCUCUUCCGCCCUGUAACAGUGGACUGGACAAGGCAAUACACAAUAGAGUAUGAACAGACGUCAGGCUCAGGUUACCAGCUGGUGUAGUCUCCGCACAAGCGCCACUCUGACAUGAUCCAAUAUGGGUGGUACCUGAAGAUGUCUGUAUGUCUCUCGCGAAAACUUGCCCCUUGAACUAUAGCAUGCUGUUUGUAGGGCUAUUGAUAAAUCUUACAGUACCUUCUCUGUCAGCAUUUUAUCAACCACAGUGACCAUGGAGAGGACCUUCUGCCCGCACUGAUAUAGAGAAAGAAGAUCUGGGGGGAGGAUUUUAAUUGAUCCUUGCGUUGGAAAUCUUUUGAACAGCCGUGAAUCUGCAAUCUGUGUUUUUGUUUUGUGUAUUUUUUUACAUGAUAAUUUAUUUUGCACCAUUCACAAGUAAGCAUGGCAUUGCUCUCUCGACUAGCUUCAGUCUUGGUCUGCUUGAGCAGAAUCUAGUCCUUGCCCCUUUCUUUCUAAAUACACCCAGUGGAGUGAGACUUUCUAGUACACCGUCAUGAUUCCCUAAUGUGGCCUGGCUUCAUCUACAAUACCGUGGCAUUGAAUUCCUGUAAUGUGAUCUCCCAGUCGUGCUCUAUCCUAGUGUAACUGAAAAUGUGAAUCUAGAUGCUGGGCUGAAGAAUCGUACAUUUCUUUGGGCCGUUCAGCCUUUGGGGUGUUAACGUGAUGAAAUGGGCACGUGACGAUCUUAAACGCAAGAAAUGAAUGUAUGUUGCCUACAUUGUAUGACUGUCGGCAGUCCUUGCCAUGUGUUUCUGGAUCUCGGAGAUCUGCUGACAAAGUUUUUCCCUUUCUGAAGUCUAGCAGUCCUCAGCAGUUGCAUGCAAGUAAUCUUCUAUAGGAUCUUAAAGAAACUCUCGUAAAUCGCCAAAUUCUGCUUGUUCAGAGACUGGAUACUGUGCCCACGUCCUGGACAAAGCCCCUUUCACACUGACGAGACAGCACUGGAUAUGGAUGUGGAGCCAAAGAAAAUACGGUUGUUGUUGUGUUUUUUUUUGUUUCGUUUUGUUUUUCCCAUUUUGUUUCUGUUUGUGCAAUUUAGAUUGUGUUCCUCUGUGUUAGUCUUGGGGAGGGGGAUGGAACCAUUUAAAGGCACAUAAAUAUAUUACUGGAUGCUUUGUCAUAGCGUCACUUUAUAGUAGCGCAGCUCCAAAAAUAUCUGCUGUGCAGUAAUUUAUUAGGUCAGUCUCCUGUAAUAUAGACAUAUGCAUCUGUGAGGUUCAGAAACAUCUUUAGGAUAGAUUUGAGUUCUCUCAUUCUGGUGUACGUUUUCUGUAAGUAAUCUCCAACUGAUUUUUUUUAUUUCAGUAGCGCAAAAUGAGGGAAUUUUACAUAUCGUGGCCGAUGUACAGACUGUAUGGAAAAUGUUGAUCCUUAUGACAGUGGUAUACAUUAACGUCACUCCAUAUGUAUAUUUUUUGACUGGUUUUAAUGGUAAAACACUAAAUAUUUCACCAGUGAUGUAUGUGUUCGUUUUUGAAUGUAUACGCAGUUCCUGACGUGUCUGUUUCACAAAAUAACUUUAUUCCCCAGGCAGUUGCAAAUCUGAAUCAUCUGUUGUUCCAUUCCUAAAUUAUUACUGCUAGAAUUUUAUAAACCCCUUCCCGCAAAAUGAUGUAACAGUACGUAAGUAUUGCAAUUUGAUUUAUUCAUGUGCAUGGCUCAAGACCCCUCGCCAUCCACAGUGGGUGUCAUAACAGCGAGCUGCAACGGCUGGAAUCCCUUACCUCCGAUCCUGGCCGUUUAACCCCUAGAUGUCAGGACUCUGGUAUCAAAGUAGUUUGACAGAUAAAGGGGGUCAAUUGGGGGCCUCCACGAAUGUGAUAUUGGGGUGACGAUGGUUGCUAUGGCAGGCUCACUGGCUUGCCAAAGAAGCACACUUGUUAAGCCGUGCCAGAGGCUUGGCCUGACAGGUUGUUGGUUUGAAUAACAGGUCAUGGUUUAGUGUACAGAGUAUACCAAAGCAUUAUAGAAGCAAUCAAAUGAUUGAAUUGUGAACCCCCUUGUGGGACUAGAAAUAAGUUAAAGUUUAAGUAUAAUUGUUUAAAUUUUAACAAGAUUACAAAAUAGGAAAAAAUAUUUAAAUUUUUAAAAUAAAUGUUGAAAUAGCUAUUUCUUUUCUACCCCCUCCCCCCAAACAAUUCAGUAAUUUAUAUGUACCCCAAAAUAGUUCUGUUAAGCCUUGUUUCACAAGAAACAAGUCCAUAUACAACUACAGUAUAUUAAUUUAUUUUACUCUCUUAUAUAGCGCUUUACAGAGAUUAACAUCACUCGCUGUCUCCAAUGGAGCUCGCCAACUAAGUUCCCUAUUAGUAUGUCUUUGGAAACCCAUGCAAACUCCAUGCAGAUGUUGUCCUUGCUCAGAUUUAUUCCAUGCAUUGUGGUUUAAUUGUGCAAAAAUAGUCAAACCUUUAUAGUGCCAUGUUCAUAUAAAUUCAUAGAAUAAAGGCAUCAUGCUGUAUGGUGACUGGCACCAAAUAAUAAUUUAAAAAAAAUGAUGGUGAUAUUUUUUUUUCUCCUCCCUCCACCAGAAAAUCGUUAAUAAAAGUUAAAGGGGUUUUCCAGUUGUCGAACAUUGACCUAUCGUCAGGAAAAGUCAUCAAUACCUGAUCGGUAGGGUUCCAACACCCGGCAACUCCACCAGUCGGCUGUUGGAAGAGACCUCCUGUGCUUAGUAUUGCAACCCAGGCCCAACCACGUGAAUAGGAAUGAGAUACGCCUAGGCCAUGUGACCGAUGAGAACGAAAGAGGCCGCAGCACAGCUUCUUCAAACAGCGGAUUGGCGGGGUGCUGUGAGUCAGACCCCCACAGGUCGGAUAUUGACGACCGAUCCUAAGAAUAGGCCAUCAGUAUUUUACUUCCAGAAAACUCCUUUUAAUCAAGGUUAUAUGUACCCCAGAAUGGUGCCUCUGAAAAAUACAAGUACGAGCACAUAUCCUCAUUCAGUUAUGACGAUGAAAAAAAUAAAAAAUAAAAUAAAGUUGUCACUUUCAUAAGGCGGGAUGAAGAAGUGGGAAGGGGUUAAUGAACGCAACUGGGUGUUACUAUUUGGGGUGUGUUCCUGUUCUGACCUAUUCCAGUCAAUGUUACCAGUGCCAGAUUGUGCAGGAACACCCCCACUGGUAACACCCAGUUUCAGAUUCAUUAAUAAACAUCUAGUAGUAAUAACUGGGAAACAGAACAACAUAGUUAUAUGAAAAGAUGCUCAUGGGGAAUACCUUUAUUUAUUAGAACAGACACGUCGGGAAAGAUGACAGAUCCUAUUUAAAAAGUGUGUGUGAACAUGAUUUUGGUUCUACUUUCUUCUCUCAUUGAAGUCAGUGGGGGAGAACACCCAUGCAAGGAGUAGAUCUGGUCAUAUGUAGUGUCUGACCAGGAAUAUGUUACCUUUUUCUCACCGCCUGUUUCUAACAUGUUAAAAACUGCUGAGAAAUGUUACUUAUAAUGAUGCGCCUUUUGCUUUAGUGAUUCCAGGUCUGAAGCAGUAAUAGGUCUACUAAAUCUUCUACCGUUAACAGAAACGUGGAAUUCGCACCCUGCUCAUUGCUUCUCAUAUAUUCACUAACGGCUCACAAGGAUUUGUACAGUUUUUAGUACCGUGAACAUAUCAACAAUGUGAUCAUAUGAACAAACACCCCUAUUUUUCUCUCCAAAAAGGACAAUUCACAGUAGAUACUGAAAAUGCUAUCCCGUACUGUGCUAUAGAUAUUUUUGCUUUUCUAUAGGAAGAUCGAUAUUAGACUAAACUGCGCUUAUUUUUUAUGUAGACAGAGGUAUAUUUAUGCAGAUGAAUCUCUUACCCCUGUGCAGUUAAUAUUCCACAGCCCUGAUUUAAAGGGGUCUGCUGAUAAACGUCUUUGUAUAGCUUCAGAGCUGUUUUGACAUAAAAUUUAGGCUGCCUGAAGUCACCACUAGGGGGAGCCUACAACAUACUAUUUUGUUAUUUACUUUAAUAUCAGAUAUAAAUGUUUAUUGUGUAUCUUAGAAUUGGAGAUCUAAGUAUUGAUCUUUGUUUCUGGAACUCCUUUCAAUAUUCCCAUUGAGAAAUACUAGGUAAUCAUGGAUAAAUAGCUUGUAUCCAACUACACACAUAAGACAGGCUAAGGAUUUUACCUUUUUAAUUAUUAUUAUAUUUUUUUCUUUUCUUUGACAAACCUCACCAUGAUUUUUCCUAGUGGCUGUGUCAGGUAUUGCAGCUCAGGCCUGUUCACUUCACACCUCACAUGAAACAGUGAGCCACUUUCUUGAAAAAAUAUUGGCCUGUAAUUACACAAGCCUUUUGAUCCAAAGCCAGAAGUUGAUCCAGCAGCACAGAUAAGUGGAAACCCCUUCUUUAAAUGACUCCUUCCUUUUUGAAUCCACUUUUGGUUUUGGCUCAGAAAACAGCAUCAUCGACUUAGGGUACUUUCACACUUGUGGCAGAGGAAUCCGGCAGGCAGUUCCGUCACCAGAACUGCCUGCCAGAUCCGGCAAAACGCAUG